GUUAAAUCUACGAAUCCGGCUACAAAGCAGCUGUCCAGAGCGAUCACUUUUCUUUCUUCUAUUAGAGUUAUUUUAUUUUGAAUAACUUUCAUCGGCCCACUGGUCAAUUUUCGCAAAAGUGUGUAGAUUUAGUUAAAACCUUUAAAUAUAGGCCUAAGCCUAUAUAAUAAUAAUAUAGUAAUACUUUGUUACGUAGGGGCCUACCUAGCCACUGCUAAAAAAAAAACAGACUACUGUACUAAUAAACUACUUCUUCAAGUUUAAGAAGUACUCUCCGUGUAGUUCAAACUAGUCUAAGUAAUUUCAGUUUGCUUUAAAAUUAUUUUGAUCGUGAAAUUUUUAAAGGUUGAGUGACAGGUAGUAAAAUCUUUAAUGUUGACAUUACAUAUAACAUGAUGUCCAUGCCAUGCGAUGUCAUGAUCACCCACUUUCAAUUACCAAGGACAUCACAUUGUCAUCAUAACAAAGAUGCAAAGAACUUUUCUGAAAUAUUUCAGUGCUAUAUAUUUCUUUAUUCGUUAAUCUAUAGACUAUAGAGAAGUAAAUAAGUGAAUCGGAUAAAGAAUGAAAUAAUGCAGUAAAUUUCAUCUUUAAGUUUUUUAAUUGCUGAUUCAGCAAAAAUCGAUGCCCAAAAUCGAGUCAGGGGUGCCACUUUUCCGGACUUCUGGAUUGUGAGGCUAAAUAUUUUUCAGCUGUCGAUUCGCAAGUUUUUAUUUUCUCUAUCUCCAGAUUCGCCAGUUCAGUUUAUUCAAAUAUGGAUUGUGUAAUUUUUAAAAAUCUCACUUUCGUUUGUAUUACAAAUUUGUAAAAAAAAUUUAGUAAAUUAUAUUUCAUGAAAAUUAUCGCCCAUCUCGUCUAUUUUUAGCCUUUUUGUUGCCAAAAUACUAGUGGUUUCCCCUUAAUUAAGUGCGCAUGCCUUUUGAGCUCUACAAGUUUCGAAUACCGUAACUACUUUGAUAGACCAGAAAUAUUUCUUUUCUGUUCACUUCGGCUAUCAAGAGAUUUUUGGGUAAGUAAAGUGUAAAAUUUAGAAAAUAAUUUUGUUGAAUCUAGUUUUCAACUGUUGGGUAACCAUUAUAAAUAGAAAACUACUCGCCCAAGCGCUGACUAAAAUGACUAGGCUUAGCGUACUUUGUUAAGUCUUACUUAAUUCUUAAUAAAUUGAUUUUUAACGGUUUUACUGUUAGUAAUGUAGGCGACAUGUAUUUUUUUUAUUAGAGCUAGGCAACUUUUAACCUUUUAUUAAAGACUUAAAGUUUACUUUACAUUUAAUUAUGGAGUAAGCCUUCUAAAUUUAAAUAGGCUAAUAUGAUUAAAUUAUUUUGUGAUAUUAUUUUUGCGAAGCUUAGUCGAACUAGUUUACGACUGACUUCGGAACUUCAUUUAAAUGUUAAUAAAACUUAAUUUCUAUAUAAUAAUAGUUCAUACUUCAAUUCAACAGUGAGCCUAACAUAACAGUACAUAGUCAUAGUUAGUCUUUAUUUAUGGUUAUGAACUCCUGUGCUCUGGGUAUACUUAUUAUUCAUAAGCACAGUGGGUGUUUUUUUGGGGUGAAAAAGGGGGGGGGGGGUCCUUGGAGGCUCCACAAAAAAAAGUGGGUGGGGGAUGUUGGUCAAUGAUCCAUUCCACUACCGAAAAUCCUAACUGUUGCUGUUUCAUGUGCUUAUACCUAUCUCAGUAACAGUACAUAGUCAUAGUUAGUCUUUAUUUAUGGUUAUGAACUCCUGUGCUCUGGGUAUAUUUAUUAUUCAUAAGCACAGUGGGUGUUUUUUUGGGGUGAAAAAGGGGGGGGGGGUCCUUGGAGGCUCCACAAAAAAAAGUGGGUGUGGGAUGUUGGUCAAUGAUCCAUUCCACUACCGAAAAUCCUAACUGAUGCUGUUUCAUGUGCUUAUACCUAUCUCAGUAUCUCUUCUGACUCUAAGUUACCCUAGUUCAGUAUGGGUAUAAUAUAGUCUGUAUGAUGUAUGACUUAAUACUGUAUGAUGUAUGCCUUAUUAUAAAUCUAAUAUGAUAAUAUUUUUUUUUUUCAUUAUUCAGGAUCUAGGCUCAAUAAAAUAAUGUAAUAUAAUAAAGUCUGUAUUAUGUAUGACUUACUACUGUAUGAUGUAUGCCAUACUAUAAAUUAUAUAUCUAAUAUGAUAAUAUAUUUUAUUUGUUUCAUUAUUCAGGAUCUAGGCUCAAUAAAAUAAAGUAAUGCCCAACAGUUCUUUAAAAGACUGAUGGUCAGGACAGCAAUCAUGAUUGAACAAGUCUUCAGUGCUACACUAUGCUGGAAAUAUUGAUAUUGUUUAAAAUCCCAAUCAUCUAAUGAGACCAGCUUUAUCACCUAUCUUAAGUGUCCACUUCUGCAAUUUCUCAGACAAGCUCCCAACUUAUAUGUCAAAAAAAUAUGAAAUCCUCACUUAGGAGAUUUUCUAAACACUAAAGUGUGUUGACUCAAAAUAUCAUUUCAUCACAAAGAAGAGAACAUUAACUCCAUAUAAGAAAAGAUGCCUUCCACUUGUGGUAGCUAUUUGUAUGUUCUAAAAUGCCCAGAGAACACAUUGCAAAAGUGGAAUUUUCAUGUCUUAAUAAAUUUAAAAAUUGCAAUUGCUAGGAAAUUUAAUAAAUAUUUACAUGUAAACACUGUAAUUGCUUCAUUUUGUUCAUUUGUGAUGUAUUUCAAUGUUGUUUUUGCUUUGACAAUUUCAUGCUUGUUUUUACAUUAAUCAACAAAAACUCUGCAUUGCGAUAGUCAGGAAUUUUUUUGUUUUUAGUUGGGAAAAAGUAAGGAAUUUUGUUUUUAAAAAAGAGUGGGAACCUUGUUUUGUUGUAAUCAUUGCAAAAGAAAUUAUUUGAAUUUUAUGAGUUUUUGUUAAGUUUUAGAUUUCAAGAAAUUUUUAGAAAGGGAUUUCAGGGUUCACAGCUUUCAGUAAGUGGCACCCCUGUUAAGGGUUAAUUAGUAAAUUGAAAUUUCAUUAAAAUAAUAAAAAUAAAAUGAAAUAGCGAAGUCCUUUAUAAAAAUGCCUAUUUUGUUGAAGUUAAAUUCUUAGUUUUUUAACUCAUCUAUUCAGGCUAUACAGCAGCUGCUGUCAGCUAAAUUUAACAGCCUUACCAAAAGCAAACUUAUUAUUUAUUCUAUCUAAAGACUAAACUAAAGACUAUAAGUGUAAGGUUUUUUUAAUUUUAUUAUUCAAAUAGCCUACUGUCUUCCUGAACAUAAAAAACAAUUUUUAUUUAAAUCUAAAGUCUAUUCUAAUGAAUAAAUUAUGUACAGGCCCACUGCAGCAAAGAAGUAUAACAUACUACAGUGGUAUACUAAACAUAUUUAACUUGCGUUUACCACUGUGGUUGCAAUCUUAAUAUAAUUGUUGCUGAAAGUGUUGUUUUUUUACUACUUUGUUGUUUCUUGUAAUUAUGGGCCAUUGAUAUAUUAAUUUAUUUUAAAAAUUAAUUUAUUCAUUUGCUCUUAUAGGAAAUUAUAAUUGUCUGUUUAUAAAUAUUGCCACAUAAGUGUGUUUUAAAAUAAAAAUGUACAAAGUGUCCAAAGACUAUUUUUAAACUUUAUUUCAGAUACAAAGCACAUGCAACUUAAUAAAUAUGGCAGGAAAUAUUUUGAAUAGAUUAUUUAGACUCAACUUUCCAGACUGCACGAGAGAAGCAUUAUCAUUUCUGACAUCUUAUAUAUCUCAAGAUUGCCCAGCCAUUCCUGGUUUAAAUGCUAACACAGAACAGGUCAUUGUGGAGAUUUGUCAAGAGUUUGUUUUAUUCAAAUCAGUCAGAGGACCUCAAAAGGUGCUUAUUGUAUUGUUUUACUAUUACAAUCUCUUAAACUAGUUAAAAUAAAAUAUAUAGUUAUUACGUAUAUAUUUGGAUAAUGAUUUUAUUUCAAUGUUUCUCUAAAUUUCUAAUCAACAAGAAAUUGACAGCUGUUCAAGAACUACAUCUUCUUGAUAUGAUUUGUACCUGUUUCUCUGAGGCUCCUGAAAAGAGCAAGUACAGAAUAUUUAAUCUUAUGUUUGGAGCCCAUGGAGAUGGUACAGUCAACCUCCUGACCAAACUUGUUUCUUUGGCAUUAUCUGUACGCUGCACGCCAGUGCUAUUUUGUGCUGCUAUAUGGAUGCAGGUAAAAAAAGUUAUAUUUAUUAUAAUUCUCAUUAUUUUUAAAUAAUUAUUAUCAUGAAUACCGUAUUUUCGCGCAUAAAAGACGCACCCAUUAUAAGACACACCUGUAUAUAAGACUCAGGUUUGGACGAUGUGUGUAAAAAAUAUUUUACAUAAAACACACAUGAUAAGACGCAGGUUUUGUCGCGUUGUGUAAACAAAAAUUACAUGAGACCCACGCGGCCUAGCCAUCUGACGCACUGAGCAAUUUAUAUCCAGUGGUUUCUUUUCCUUUAUCAUAAAUGAAAAUUUUUCCAAUGUUUUAUCACCCGUCGGAUGUAAACAAGGCUUCGUUACCAUUUUUAGAUUACCGGUAGAUCAAUGAAUUGUCUGAGGCAGGACCGCAACGAUUAUUGUUUAUUCUUAUCUGUUCUAUUUAGAAGAUGUGCAUACAUUAAAAAUGAUAAUCCUUUUCUGAAAAGACCAAUUUCUUCAACAACAAAAAUAUCACGAGUUACGAUAGUGUAGUGUUUUCCUACUUUUUAUAAUAUGCUAUGCGCUAAGAUUUUUUCAUGCAUGUGGUUAUUAUAGUAAUAAUAUGAUACACAGAUGAUUUUGUAUUUGCAUAUUACAGGAAAGAGACAGCCUUAGCCCUGUUGUAAAAGGUCUUACCCAGCGACUGGUCAGUGACUAUUGUAUAUUAUACCCAGAUCAUUCGAAUGUCUUCUCCACCUUGCCUUCAGUCUGUCCACUGUUUGCCUGCAAUUUCGUCACUGCAGUUACAUCAUUAUACUCAUUUGCAGGUAAGUCAAGAACUAUUAUACAUCUAAGAAUAAGCUAAAUGGAUUUCUUAAAAACAAUGAUACUGGUAGUAAUUUUUAUUUCAAAUACCUGUAAAUUAAAAUCUGAUAAAAAAAUUCUGCUUCUAGGCAACUUUAUGUAAUCUUUAUUUUUAAUUAGAAAUAUAUUUUAUAAAAUUGUAAAAAUUAUUUAAAGUAUUUUAUCUGAAUGUGAGAGUUAUGAUAUUGCAUUACAAAAUGAGAUGACAUUAUUUACUACCGGUAUCAAUAAAUGAUCUAUAUAAUUGUAUUAAAUUACUGUUAUAAAUUUUAAAGCCAAUUUAUCAUGAAACCCUGGAAAUUGGCUUUAUGAGAAGAGCUCUUUUCUUGAUUUUAACAUAAUGUGACAAAAAUUAAAAUAAUUUUUCACAUCUAUUUUAAAUACCCGGUACCGGUAAAUAUAUUUUCUUGCUUUUUCAAUUCUUAAAUAAAUUUUAACACACCAAACCAAUUUAACCUUGGUAUCUUUAACAUUUAAUUAGUUUUACUUAUUUUUCACACCAAAAAUGUUAUUAAUUUACUUAUGCCUACUACCCCGUUUGGGGCAUAGGCUGUCAACAAUAAUUUUCCAGUCAUCUCGGUCCUGCACUUUCUGCAUGAUGUUCACUGUUGUUCUCCAAGUUUCGGCUCAUAGAAUAGGACUGUUUUGAAAUUUGUGUUGAAAAUUCUGUUCCUGCCAGUGAGAUAUGCUUUUGGUUGGCUGAGUUUACCAUCAUGAUCUUUGUCUUGCUUUUAUUUAUACUGAGUCAAAGCUAUGCUGAAAUGGCAGCUACAUUUUGUUGUCUUUUCGUGCAUUUGUUGCUGGUUGUGGGAUACAAGUGCAAUGUCAUCUGUAAAUUCUAGGUCAUUCAGUUGUACCCAGGGUAUCCACUGUAUUAUUUGUGGAUUUUUUCUUUAUUGAGUCGAUGGCAAGGAUAAAUCGAAGAGGGAUAAUAGACAUCCUCAUUUUACUCCUGCUUCCACUUUAAAGGCAUCUGUAGGUCUACCUUUGAGUACCACCCUGCAUGUCAUUUCUUCAUAAGAACUCUAAAUGAUUCUGACUAGUUUUCCUGGUACCCUGAUAUGCAGGAGAAGUUUCCACAAGGUUUUUGGUCCAGGCUAUCAAAGGUCUUUUCGAAGUCGAUAAAAUUUAGGUAUAGGGGGAGUUCCAUUUGAUGGACUGUUCUACAAUGAUUCGUAGUGUUGCAAUUUUACCUGUUUUGGCGGAAGCCAGCCUGUUCUCUUGUAUCAGUAUGUCGAAUGGUCCAUUCUAUUCAAACUAAUUCUUUUAAAGACCUUUACUGGUACAGACAGCAGUGUAAUCCUCUAUAAUUUUCACAAUUACUGAGAUCCCCUUUCUUUGAUGUCUUGAUUAGGUAUCCUUCUUUCCAGUCUGUUUGGAACUCUCUCUUCUUCCCAUAUCUUUUCAAUCAGAGGGUGCAGCAUGUUGACUAUUGGAUCUAUAUCAGCUCUCAUCAUAUCUGCUGUGAUGUUAUCUGGUCAGGAUGCUUUACCUAUUUUAAGUUGCUUUAUAGCCAGGGUUAUUGCUUCUUUAUUUGGGGCACUAUCCUCUAUUUGUAAGUCUUGAUUUGCUGGUUGUAUGUCUGGUGUGUCUGUGGUUGGAGGUCUGUUAACUGAUUCCUUCAAGUAUUUCACCCAUCUUUUUUGUUGUUCUUUUCAUUCCAUUAUUGAUCUACCUUCCUUUUUUUUUAAAUGGUCUCUCUGGCUUCUUGUAUCUUCAUGAGAGCUUUUUUGCUAUGUCAUAGAGCUUUUUCAUGUUCCCCUUUCUGGCUGCUUCUUCUGCUGUUGACAUUAGACCAUCUAUGUAAGCUGUUUUAUCCUUUUUGAUGCUGUUCCAUUGGCUUCUGUAUACUUCUCCUGUUAUUUUGUUUUCUCUGCUCUUGUGUGACUGUUGUUUACUGCACAUUUCAUUUCCUUCUUCAUUUUUUUAUAUUUGCCAAAAGUGCUAUGUUACAUGUUAUAUUUUAGUCUUCUAGCAACAGGCUCUUCCCAGUUUUUUUUUUCAGUUUUAGCAUGAGUCUUCCCCAAACUAGAUGGUGAUCAGAUGCAACAUCAGCUUCUCUUUUUGCUCGUUCAUCUUGUAGAGAACUGGCUUUUUUUGCCAUCAAUUUGAUAUAUGAUCAAUUUGAUUUUCUGUUCUGUUAUCAGGGGGACACCCAAGUUACCCAGUGAAUAUUCUUAUUUUGGAAUUCACUGCCCCCAAUAACAAGCUCAUUUGCCAAGCAGAAUUCUGCCAUCUUUCGCCAUUUUCAUUUCUCGCUCCUAUUCCUAUACCAUGUCUUCCCAUAACUUCUUCAUAACCCGUCCUCAAUUUUCUUUUUCAAUCUUAGCAUUUAGAUCUCCCACCAAAAAUAUUUACAUAUUAAUAUCAAUAUCUCCAAACCCGAUUAUUGUACAGGUUUGAACUUUAAUAUGAAUUUUAAUUAAAUAUGGAAACAUGCAUUGAAAUAUUUUUUAAAAUAAAAUGUAGCACAACGCAUGAUAAAAGGGGGGUGGGAAUUUAGAAUGUAAAUAUAGUUUUGGAGCGUGCAAAAUGUGUGAGGUGGCAUACCCGGUGGGGUUACCAUCCAUACCCGGUGGGGUUACCAUCCAUACCCGGUGGGGUUACCAUCCAUACCCGGUGGUGUUACCAUCCAUACCCGGUGGGGUUACCAUCCAUACCCGGUGGGGUUACCAUCCAUACCCGGUGGGGUUACCAUCCAUACCCGGUGGGGUUACCAUCCAUACCCGGUGGGGUUACCAUCCAUACCCGGUGGGGUUACCAUCCAUACCCGGUGGGGUUACCAUCCAUACCCGGUGGGGUUACCAUCCAUACCCGGUGGGGUUACCAUCCAUACCCGGUGGGGUUACCAUCCAUACCCGGUGGUGUUACCAUCCAUACCCGGUGGGGUUACCAUCCAUACCCGGUGGUGUUACCAUCCAUACCCUGUGGGGUUACCAUCCAGGGGAUGCUUAUAUUAAUCCUUAUUAAAAACAUAAUAAAAUAUUUGUGUGUGGGGAGGGGCUGGUAUUUUUUAAUUUUGACCCAUGCAGCGCAAUAUACGCCACAGCAAGGGUGGGCAUAUUUUAUAUCUCUAGCAAUAUCUUACAAGUCCAAAUAAUGCUAACAGGGGCAAUCAGUGUAAAGAUAGUUUUAAAAUAAUUAUUUAACCUUUCUUUGAAAACACAUUUCAGGGGAAGGAAAGACAGUGUGCCCAUUUUAAUGAAGUUUAAAAGAGGAAAACAAUGGAUAAGAUUUCAUUAAACACUGAGCACAUUUAGAUUUUACCACUUUUCCAAAGAUAAAGUUCAAACUCAGAGGAGUGGCCACAUAUUUAUCAAAAUAACAAUAAUAUGUUUAUAUUAAAAAUGUAUUGUAAACAUAUUGUGAAAAUACAUUUCAAGUGCAAAAAAAUGAGGGGAGUACAUUUCAUAUGUGGAAACAAUAUCUCAAAACUCGGUCCUUUUAAGCAAGUGAAAAUUUAAUCUUAAAAAAUAAAGUCACAUUUUUUUUAUUUCCCAAAAUACAUUUCAACGGGCAAAGAUUUUUUUUUAUUUGUAUGCAAAAAAUACAGUUUAUGAAAAAGGGCUUGUACAUUUUUAUGAGAUAUAAAUAUUUCUUAAAAACAGGUGGAAAUUGGUUAAGAGAGAAUCCAUUAUAUAUAAUAAUUCUACGUUUUACGAUUUUCCAAUAAUAUAGUUUAGGAACGAAGCAGAAGUUGAUGUUAAUUUUUAAUGAAGAUACCAAUUUAUCAAAAUAUGUUAAGUUACAUGUAUUUAAAUUGGUACAUAGAUUUUUUUACAUUUUUUUUUUUUUUUUUUUUACAAUUUAAAAAAAAUGUUUUUUUUUUUUUUUUUUUUUUUUUUUUUUUUUUUACAAUUUAAAAAAAAAUGUUUUCUUGGGAAAAAGAGUCUGGUAAGCCUAAAUUACAUAUAAUAGCGUUUACCAAAUUUUAAAGUUUGUCAGACCAGUGGCCCACUUUCGGAAUUGCACCAAGGACAGUCGCAAAUUUAUUGAUAAUAUUUUUUUUUAAUUUGACCAUGAUAUAUUCAUGUUCUGUGGACCGACAACGUAAGGCUUGGGGACUGGUGCCAGUCCAAGGACCACCUUUUGGUGUAUGCUGAUGUGGAAGAUAAAAAUUACUCAAAACCCAAAUGAUGUUAGAAAUGUAAACAUCUAUACAUAUAUAAUUCUUUUUUUUUUAAAGUCUAAUUUACUAUUUCUUAAAUAUACUUUUCAUGGGCAUGAAAAAUUUUGGUAAAUUUUUUUUUUGGAGGAUACAAUAUCUCAAAAUAAUUACAUUAAGUAAAACAGGUAGCAGGUAGGGCAUUAUACCUUCCAUUAUGAUCUUGGUAGCACCAGAUCAUAUCUUGUAGUUGUAGUUGAUUAAUAAUAUUCCGGUGGCAUUAUUUAAAAUUAUUCUUUGUGUGUUGUCUUUACAGACUUUAUCUGUAUGUAUUUAGUAAUUUUAUAAGUAAUACUAUAAGUAUUGAAUUUUUAUUUAUAUCAAUUUUAGCUUAAGUUGUUUUCAAUUUUCAGCCAUAUAAUAAUUGCCUGUGUCCAUCAAAUUAAAAUUUUAUUCACUCUUGCUUUUUAACAUUUUUUUUUUGACAUUGAUAGAUUUGCACUAAACUAUUUUUUUAUUAAAUAUUACAGGCAUAGACAGUUUACCACCAUUAGCCCUCCUCCAGCAUGUCAGUGAUUGGGUUUUUAAAGACAACACUAUGUGCUGUGAGUCUUUGCGACAGGCUGCUAUACACAGUGCAUACACCACACCUGUGCCUGGGUUAACCGGGUGGUGUGUCCGAGGCCCCCUGGUAUGCUGCCAGCUGAAAGAGAAAGUCUCAGACUCUCAAAUAAGUCAAAGUCAUAUUGAAUCCCUGCUGGUUUGUCUUGAGAAACUUCACCUAGCUUUGUUGCAGAGUCUGACAUUCACUGCCUGUGUGAAUUUGUCCCCUGGCCUGAUCAGCGCCAGUGAUCUGACUCACAUUGCACAAACCCUGCAGGUGGUCUCUCGUCCCAACCCCAGCCAAGAGGAAGAGCUGGCUUGUAACAUUGCAUUAGAGAGGCUUGCCCAAAUUUUGCAGGUGGCUGCUAACACAAGGACAUACAUAGCAGAUAGAGGUAAACACCAAUCUUUGUAAAGUGUUGGUUAGGUUUUUCAUCAUCUUUAUCUAUCAAAUGUUAUUAUUUUAGUAUUCUGAGUUAUGUUUAGAAUAAACCUGUCAUAUCCAUAUUUAAAUAUCAAAGUACCGGUAGUGAAUAAGUUAAAAAACAUAUUUUUCUUAUAUGAAAUUAUCUCAUAGUUUUGCAUCCAUUGCCAACAUCUUACUCAUAAGAAAUUAAGAUGUAUCAUUGCCAAUACGAUAUAACUUUAUACAAAAACCUGUUCAUUUUAAAUAAAUAAAAUUGAAAUCUGCAUUCGGUCAAAUAAAAGAUCUCCAUAUGAUCUCAUCACACACAAAAUCAAUACAUGCUGUGGUAUCUCUAAAUUAAUCAUGGAACACAAAAAGAACAGAAAAUUGAAUGGAACCAUUAAUAUUCGCAUGGUGGUUAAAAACCUUGAGUUCCAUCUGAUAACUGAAUUGAAAGAAACAUAUUAAAAUUUUAACUAUUUAAAGGCUAAAUUUUAAAAAAUUGCAUUUAUUUUUAUUUUUUCCAUUAUAGCUCAUUUGUGAAUAUUUCAAAAUCUUUUCAAGUUUCAAUGCUUAAGAUGUUCCCAACCCAUAGGCCACCACCCUAUUUCUUGGAGGCUUAGCAAAUAUAUUUUAAAAUAAAUGUUGAAUUUAAAUGAUUUUCACGUUUCAUGUUUGUAAAGAAAUUAAUUUUUUUACUGUGAAUAUAGUGAGUGAUGUCUCUUUUCAAUAAUUGAUCUGUUGCGAUUGUGGAUUUAGUAAAUUUAUAUAUUGUGUAAUCCCAACAGGAAAAAUCAAAGAACUGGAAUCAUUAGCCAAACACAAACUCCCUCAAAACAGGUGAGUACAAUUUCAUAACAAUUCUAAUGUCUGGUGAGUUCACCAGACACAGAAUAUAGAACUAGAAUGCCUGCAAGAUAACAAUAGGUCUAAACUUUAACAGUCCAGAAUGAAUAAAAUAGAAAAAGACAAAAAAAUUAUUAGAUUAAAGCUCAUUUAUAGCCAUUUUAGACUUUUAAGUAAACUAUUUAUCAUGUCUUUUCUUCUACAUAGGCUCUUAGCCAUGGUGUUAAGUAAUCAACUGCAAGGGAUAAAGCCUUACUCUGUGAUAGUAACAAGCUAGUGUUGGCUCUACAAGAUGGAUCCAAUCUGAUACUCAAUCUGAGAUACUACAGUACAUGUUUGUAAUAGCUGGCUCAUUUCUGGAAUUCAGACACUGAACAAUCAGAUGCAAAUCUAUAUGAUAGUAAAUGAACUUCCAUUGUUAAGUGUGCCACAGUUGGCUUGAAACCAUGUAAAUAAUAUGAAUAUUUCUCUUAAUUCAUCUGUCAAGGAAAUGUUAAGUCAGAUGUGUCAAUAGAAGUAAAAUACUGUUGACUGUGUUAUAAAUAUUUUUAAAUAAGGUCUUUAAAAAAUUGUAUAAUUAUAACAGUAUGGUACAUGCUCAGGAAAAGUAGAUGCAGUGCUUUACAUUUACAUUGAUUAAAUAUCUCCUUGGGAGGAAAACUUAUCGGUACUCAUACUUUUUACCCCACCUGGGGCAUAGGGACUCUACAAGAGUCCUGUGCUUACCUUUUCAGUUGCUUACAGGUGUAUCCCCACACUUUGUGUGUCUGCCUCAAGAUCACCUCCCAUUGGAGAUUGGAAUCGAACCC